AUGGGUGGCAGGCAGAGCAUUAACCUCUGCGUGCACAUACUUGGCCCACAUGAAGCCGGUGCUGGAUGGCAGCCCCGGCAGAGGGAUGCGGGCGCUGCCGGGACCCGCGCGACCCGUGGCCGUCCCCAUCGACCCUGGCAGAGGUCACCGAGUUCACAGCACUCGGUCACGCACCUGCCCCAGCUCCCGGGCCACCGGUCCUGCCCCGCGGCGCCCUGCGGGGGCCCGCAGAGAGGCGCGGAGCAGGGCCGGGAGCCUCAGCGCGCGGCCACGGUACGGGCCGAGGACCCCCGAGCGCCACCGGAGGCCGCCGCAGCGCCGCCCGCAGCGCAGAACAAUGCGCGGCCGCCCCGCCACUCACCUCUCACGUGGCCGUGCAGGCUGCCCGCCGGGGCCCCGACUGCCCGGGGCAUUGUGGGAUCGCUACUCCGGGAUGCCCGCCACGGGAAAGGAAACUGGCCGGGUCCGGGUCACCGGAGCAUGGCUAGCGCCCCGACUCGUCGGGCUGCGUUGAGAGACUGUGGCAUGUCGCCGUGCAGCCUCUUAUCGCCGCGCGCCGGUUUCCGCCGCUGCGCGGCCCCUCCCCCGCGCCAGCCCCGCCAGGAAGGCGCGCGGACGCGCCGAGCUCCCACGCGCAGCCCCGGCCCCCGCCCGCCCGCUCGCCCGCUCGCCCGGGCCCGCGCCGCUCACCGCUGCUCCAGCUCCUGGGGCUCCGCGCCCAGUCUGCGAGGCCCGCAAGGUUAGACGGAAGGUUAGAGUCAGCGGCCCGGCCUGCAGCGGCAGAAGAACCGCACCGCCUGGAACCUGGAAGGCGAAGGGCGGGAAAGAAGCUGCACGGGUGUUGGUGGGUAUCUUUCUCAGCAAUCAACGCUCAGUUUUGGAGUUCUGCGAGAAAACUGAUCGUCACCCAAACACAAACACAGGCCACCUUCCCGCCUCAUCGGCAAAUAAAACUUGCAGUUUAAAGGCUCCCUUACUUCCAACUCUGCCAGGUGGUGUACAGAAAGCAAGCAGAGCUUCCUCUUUUAAAAUAAAAUAACAUCUUAGGCUAUGCAGAGGUACUCCCACGCAAACAAACCCUGGGCAACUGCCGGCCCGAGCAAAUGAAACACCAGCCCCUAUUUCACGAGGUGCUAUCCUGUAACUUGGCUUUGAAUGAAAAGAAUUAUGAGUGCCUAAGAAGAGAUAAAGUUUGAACAUCUGUGGACGGGAUUUCCGGUGAAUUUCAGGAAUUCUGAUAACUUCGUCAGGGAUGAUUUUUGACUAAAAGACGUUUGUUUCAUGGUUUGAACAUACGUGGAGAUUCGAGCCCUGACUUCCUGACAACACAGGCUACCUUUGCACCUGCUGCUACAUUAGAGCCUCCUUGUCUCCCUGCUCAGACAGUCCAGGGAACUGCCAGGACCUAAUCCUGUUUGAAGUAUUCAUUUAAAGUUGUGCUCAGACCAUUUCCGAGUUAGAGAUUUGAUGAUUUUAUCCCCCAUGUGCUAGAAAAUUUGCCCUUUGCAAUUGAACCGAGUGAAAAACAGGACUUUGAACCCAUGUAUAGUACACGAGGGGAAACUAUCAACUCCAGCGCUGCCAGACGGGGAACUGCUAGAAACGAGUGGAGGAUUGAAACAGACUCAAAUUUUCUGCUCCAACACAUAUAACAAAAAGAAACAGAAGAAAGGCCCUUGAAUGUUAGAAACAAUAGAAUGUUCUAGUAAAGAGCAAAUCAAAGGAAAA